AUGAACCAUGUACUCGGGCGACUACACCGCCAGCUGAUACAAGCCUCGCCGAGGUUGCGGUUUCCGACAAGCUGUUACCGUCUCGAGACACGAUUUGCACAUGCUUCGUUGCGCCCUGGGAUUGGAUUCGCAGGAGGAGUGCGGAGAGCUCUCUCGACCGCGAAGCCCGAUGAGACCGAACCGGAGGCAAAAGCUAAACAACUGGACAAAAGGUUGCUUGAUGAACAGGAACAAGAAGUGAGGGUCCGCCAGAGCCAAGUCAAGCGACCAUGGCAUCGACAAGGGGCGGACAACCCACCGGUGGAGAAGAAGGGAGAGGAGGAUAUUGCGCCGGUAACAGAGGGCAAGCUCCUGACAACUCCGACGAGGCUGCUGAAGCUCAUCCUCCCUUUGCCCAUCACGGUCGAAAAAGAUCAGGACAACAAUAGCAAACCCGAUUAUGGCCGAUCCAUCUCCCCCAACGACAGGAUCCAGCCGCUGGCACUGCUUAUCCACCCCCAACAACCCCUGUCGUACGUCGAGCGCUUGAUCCAAGCCGAGAUCCCGCCAGUAGUAGAGGGCAACAAGGAGAAGAUACCCAGUGUGUAUUUCAGGGCCGAGGAUACCGAGCGCGGGGACAACAAGCCGACGUCACGAUCCGAAGCGAGAGUCAGGGACAAGGAGAGCAAGUCGAGAAUGCCGGCCGGCCUGACACACGUCGAGUCGUAUUCAGGACUCGGGCACGAGGGCCCCGAGCGGCACGGGUCCGAGAAAAACUGGGUGCGGUGGAGCAACAGCACCGAGAUGGGCGACUUCAUCCGCGACGCCGCGCGCGGCCGCGAGUUCGCCGUCGAGAUCGAAGGGUACAACGUUGAGAUGCGCGUCAGCGUGCCGUCCUUCAACGAUCGCACCUACUACAUGCGCUCCCAGCUCCGCAGGAUGAGCCUGCGCAUCGACGAGCUCUCCCGCAUCAAGCGCGAGUGCGACCUGCUCGCCCACCGCGGCGCCCACCUGCUCGCGAAGGGGGGCUUUGCGCUGCUCAGCGGGUGGUGGGGGGUCGUGUAUUAUGUGACGUUCCAUACCGAGUUCGGCUGGGAUCUUGUCGAGCCGGUGACGUAUCUCGCGGGGUUAUCCACCAUCAUGGGAGGCUACCUGUGGUUCCUGUAUAUCAGCAAGGAUCUCAGCUACAAGGCCGCCAUGAACGUGACGGUCUCGCGGCGCCAGAACGCGCUUUACGAGGCUCGGGGGUUCGACCCUCAGAAAUGGGAACAGCUGGUCCAGGAAGCGAACGCGCUGCGUCGCGAGAUCAAGGUGGCUGCUGUCGAGUAUGACGUUGAGUGGGACGAGGCGAAAGAGCUCGGCGAUGACGUCAAGGAGGUGCUAAGCGAGGAGCGGACCAAGGCCGAGGAGAGGUCCCGGUCGUCAGAAAAGGAAAAGGACGAGGAGUUCACUGAACAGGAAAAGAGAAAGAAGGAGGACGGACCGGAGCCGGAGUCGAAGUCGGAUUCAUCGCGUGGCAGAGGAGGCGAAUUAAGUCCUGAUGGGAGGCAGUAG